GGAUACAGCGAGCUUAACACCUCAGGUAAGAAUAAUCUGCUUUAUUUUUUGCCAGAUUGACUCGGCAGAUGAAUACCGCACAGGUUGUCGAAACGUCAGUAACUGUGAACAACGAUUCAACGAUUCAGGACUACGUUCACCCGGACGAUGAGGGUCCCCAAUAGGGUUCUUCAAACCCGUAAUCCCGACCCAAAAUUUCGUGUAAUCCUGUAACCUUAAGGGUUAUUUUUGGCAUCCCACCUCCCAAGCAUACUUUCAAUCUCAAAACUCGCCCCGAUUUUGCUUUAAAAUCUCGAAUCCCGAGCUUCAAAUAAGGGAAAUCCCGGAUCCCGAGCUUCAAAUAAGGGAAAUCCCGGAUCCCGAAAAACCUUUUGGGGGUCAUUGACGAUCAUACUCAACCUACUUACAAAAUGACUCCUGGGUUCAAACCUUUCACAGUGUUUAGUGGAUAAAACCUUGUGGAGUUGCCAAGUAGUCUGCGUGGCUGCCGAAAAAAGGUGGGGAGGAGAGGUCAAGCAAAAUGCGAAAGCGAUAGGGAAGGAUACUUUUACCCUCUCCCUUCCUCCCCCUCUCUUUCGACACCUACCACUCAGGGCACCUUGUUAUCGGAACGCUGGACUCUUUAUUCUGUGUUCCUGGUCUCACACCGAUCAUCAGCUGGAUUUGUUCAAAUCCUGGGCCACACUUGAAAUUACCCACCUGGUUUGCCCUCUAUUAGUUAGGAUUCCUUCCUGGGAAGCACGUUAGGGAAGUUUGCAUAGGAACAGGGGGGAACCAGGGGAGGGGCCCGGAGGGCCGCACCCCCCCCUCCCCCCUUUAUUUUUAGAGCAACCUUAGGCCCGAAGGGCUAAAAAAAAUUUUUUUGGAGACCAGGUCCCCCCAUUUAUCUAAGGGUCUGGAUGACGAUGCCGGAUCCAAGGUCUGGAUCCGGCACUGAGGAGUUUGCUGCUAUAGCCUUUAAACCCUGAUCUUCUCAAAGGCAUUUAUUACCCCUCCCUAUUCAAGACAAGAGUCCUCUUUAUGACCCUGAUUCAUUAUAAAUCGCUUACAGAAUAAAGUAUUGGACAUCAUAGAAUUAUAUAUUUUAAUGAAAAUUGUUGAGGGCACGCAUAUGGACCGCGCACUAGCCUGUUGCAGGCUCUCAGAUGGUGGGGAAGAUGCAGAAGACUGGGCAAGACGCCAAACUGAAAGGUACGCGAAAGGGGGUAUUUUGAUGUUCGCGCUUUCUCAAUCCCCGCGGACCCGACUAUCUCUGAGCCUGGAACAGGCUAACCGCGCCUCGCCGGUCUAGAACUAUAUCCUGCACAGUGACGAGGUUUACUUGUCCGAUAGAGAAGUGAAAUGGAAAAAAGAUUCUUUUGCCCAGUACUCUGAUAUUCCAUUUUCUUGUUAGGUUUAACUGUAGAUGAUAGUGGAAGCUGUAAGUAUUGGCUGGCUUCAGGAUCUAACGAGUCCACGAUACAUGUCCAUGAUCUGAGCAGCUUGCUGGGUACGAUGUGUGUGUGUGUGUGUGUUUACAUGAUGACGUCAUCGUCUUUCUGUUUGUGCAACAUCUUGUCAUUUAGUCGAGUGUAGUGAAACUCAUCAGAAGUACGCAAACGCAAUCAAUUUUUCUUUUUCCAGACGCUUGGCACAACGGUCUGUCAAUGAUUUAAUCGUUGUUGGUUUUUUAAGCCUUGUUGUUCCUCUUUGCUAGGAGUAAACUACGAGAGACGCAGUUCAUGCAAAUUGACACAUAUCGUUAAUGCAUCUGACCUUUAUUUCGAUCAUUAAAAAGAUUUGGCUCAGGCGGCAUAAAUUUUGCAUUUCCUAACUGCAAAGUUCUCGUGAUAUAAAAAAUUAAAUUUCUCUUGUAUGGUAUAGAUUUUUAAAAUUAAUGAUUUCAGCUUGAAGACGUACUCCCAUUUAUCUUUCCGGUAACUAAUAUGUUUGUCCUGUUUACAAUCAGGUCAUUCAUCCGGCCCCAGCCCUCGCUCCGCUCCCCUUACUGAGUCUUUUCGACAGCUGCCAGGUCACUCAGGCCGUGUCACAUGUUUGAGCUGGAGUCCACACCAGUCGGAAUUGCUGCUAUCUUCGUCGUAUGAUGGGACUGCGCAGGUAGGAAAACAACGUGGCUUUAAUGUGUGGAAAAGUGUCCUUUGUCCUAAAUAAUUUCCCCUGGGGUAAAGAAACUGUUCAACGAAAGAGUGGUCGUACAAGUGGAAAACUACUUCCCCUACGACCACUCCCACUUCUCUCCCCCACCCAGUGUAACCCAUGAUAAACAAACUUUAAACUCUUGUUAUAUUCACACGCCUCGCAGUAAUGUUUUGGUCAUGGUAAGGGGAAUUUUGUCCAGAUCUUUCUUCAUUUCGCCAUAGUUGGUAGACCAAGAACUUAUUUGUCUCUCUUUCAAGGUUUGGGAUGUAAAGAAAGGAGAACCACUGUACAAUUUCCGCGGACACAGUAACCGUGUGAUGUGUGUAGUGUGGAGUUAUCUCGAUGCUGACCUUGUGUAUAGUGGUGGAGAGGAUGGUACUGUACGGCCCUGGAGACCGUCACUUCAGCAGAAUCGACAACCACCGGUGCCAGGUACCCUGAGAAUUAAAACAGAACUGAAUGCAAGGCUGGAAAUACGGCAAAGGGCUGAUUUAUUUGAGGCCAACAAAAGUAGCCUUACUCAGGGCCAGAGCUACAAUGAAAGGGAAUACUAUAACGGCUCCCUGAGGAUGCUCAGCUCUUGGCGUCCAGUUUGUAGGAAAUUUGCAAAAAGGGGAGUUGAAUAGAAAAAACAAACGAGCUAAAAACAACUAAUAAAAAAACUGCAAAAGACUACUUUUUAGCACUUUCUACUCUCUGAAUGCCUGGAACAGGCCACCCUGAAGACAUCUCCAGGCCCUCAGAUCGUGAAAAACAACACUGAGAAAAAGGCGCGGAAAUUAUGCAUUACGUGCUAAAAGACAAAGAAGAAAUCGCAGAUUGGAAUUUCUGCGCCUAAAUCAUUCGCUUUCAGUCGCUCAGUUUUCUGUGGGUGGCUCCUCCAAUUCCAAUCUAAUCGCCCAUUUGUUAGGAAAUUUGUCAGAGGAUGAUAAUUAAUAACUGUUUUCAGCAAGCUCGUCAUUCUGACCCUCUAGUAAUUUUUUUUGUAACAGAAAAAUAAAAAGAAUCUUUUAAAGACUGUUUACGCGGUUAUAUGACAGUAUUACUGACAGUGUGACUAAUCCAAUUUUUUUUUCUCCAUUUUUAUGCAGAAAAGAAAUCGUCUCAUUCUACAAGCAAGUCCUCAAAAAGCAAAAAGAACAAACACAAGGCAAAAGGAAAGACAGAGACUACAGAAGUUCACACUGAAUCUUGGCAGGAAGAAAUAGAACCCAAACCUGACAGCAAUGGAGCGAGGACUGCCCAUAGUCAACACAACAGCAGGGUUAUCUCACAGGAAACUGAAGUAAGUUCUCACUUGGAGGCGAAUGGACCCCAGUCAAACCUCAAUGCGGCUACAAGCGAAAAAGGUGAGAUUGUAAAAUCCCAGCAGGAUGAGACGGAAAGGAAAGCAAAUGUGGAGGAAAAUGAGGAGAAGAAUGUGAAAGAGAAUGGAGACGAAGUGACACGUGCAGCUGAGUUGAAGGGGGAGGAACCUGAAAUUGAAGGGAUGAAUCCACCAGAGAUGAAUUCUCCCGAGAUGACCAUGACUGAACAGAGGAAGGCUGGUAUGGUGUUUCAACAAGAGCCAGUUGUUCCCCUGCGUUCCAGAGGUAAACUGGUUUCUUUCAUUUUGUCAAAACUUCGAACACUGAUUUUAUUCACAGACAUCAUACAUGGAAGUAGCUUCUCACGGAGACGUUCUUAGAGCUACGAUACACGUCCUGUCACGCGUUCCUUGACGUGUGACGAAGCCCCAAGAACGUCUGUGUGGGAGACUAACAAGGAAGAAUAUCCUAGCAAAUACUGGCAAGUGUAACCCGUUUGAAUACAUUUCAUUCCUCAGUCACACUUCAAGCAUCCUCAUCCUCCUCCUCCACAAAGAUGUUCUUAGAGCUUCGUCACGCGUCCCGUCACGCGUUCCAACACGUUUCUUAACGCGUAUAAACAAAGCCCUAAGAACGUCCGCAUGGGAGACUAAGAAGGGAAAAUUUCCUUGCCCAUACUGGCAAGUGUAACUCGUUUGAACACUUCUCAUUCCUCAGUCACACUUGAAGCAUCGUCAUCCUCCUCCUCCUCCAGAUGUUCCUAGAGCUUCGUCACGCGUCACGCCUUCCUUAACGCAUGACUAAGCCCCAAGAACGUCUGCGUGGGAGACUAACAAAGAAGAAUAUCCUUGCACAUACAGUAGCUCAGUAGCUCGCUUGAAUACUUUUCAUUCCUCAGUCACACUUGAAGCAUCCUCAUCGUCUUCCUCCAAGAAAAAGAGAAAAGUCAAAUCUAUGCUGCCACUCUCUGCUGUUGCUGACAACAAAUCCAAAGCAGCGACACAAGAAGAAUGCGUGGAACUGGCAAAGAUUAUCUACGGUGAGGUUAUCCUGAAAUACCUCAACCCCUCGGAAAGGGUUGUUGUUGCGUACCAAUAUCAUGUUCUAAAUUCCCAAAGGUCUUGAUAGAACGGGUUUAGUGUGAGUUGAACGCGAAAUAAAUUUUGCUGCAUUUUCGAUGGGCUCUUUGCAGCUAGUUACUGAGUCGCUUGGUACAAAAUACAGCAUGCGGGUGAGCAGGAAAUGCACUUAUACAGGAAAACAAUGAAGAUUAACGUUUUGUAUUAUGGGAGCGUUUUGUUUGUCGUUUCCUAGUGCGUUGCUUGUUCUCCAGUGGGGCGUUUUUGUGACACGUGACUGAUCAGCUGCAAAACCGGGCCUAUUGGUCUACUCUGUGAUUGGUAAAAAAAUAUUCGUUCCGCUUCCUCAACUAAUCAGUGAUUUUACUGAAACGAAUUAGCGCCAGUGGUAUUGCAUUCGUAUUAAACCCUUCAUCCCGCUUGUCUUGUCACUGGGUUAGCUAUUUAGCUAGACAAUGACAGAAUUUAUAAAAUGCUUGCUGAUGAUGGCAGGUGUACUUGGUUUACCCACAAUCACUGAUUACGCAGAGAGACCAGCGCCAGUACAUUAUGAAGGUCUACUUGAGAUAUCUGUUAAAUCAUAUUCAAAAACUCUCUUCGGUCUGUGAUUAAUUUUAAAUAAAUCGACAACAUUUAUACUUUUUUUGAUGACCUACUCAUUUUUCAGGUCUAGGCCAAGCUGAUAAUAAGAGUUCAGAAGAUUCAGGUGCACACAGCAUUGCUGGCUCAGAGGAACUUGUAAACCUCGGGUUAUUUGCAGAUAGGUGUGGAGCUUACAGGAUGCUUGCCACCGAGGGUAUUUACACCCCUUUAAUUCUAGUUCUCUUUUUCUUUCUGAUUAACAAUGUCAGGCUCUAAUUUUUCUAUUGUUUAGUUUCUUUGCUCACGACGUGCUGAACGAUACAAGUCAUUUUUAUAACCGAAUGUUGUGUGAUGUGCUAUAAAAUCGUAAAUGAAUUCAGUUUCAACCUUACCACUUUGGGAGACCUAAACAAUAUAAUAAACCAGGAAUACAUUAGCUUGUCUCUUUGCAGCUAUGGACGGACAAAUACAAAUAUCUCAUUAUCCACCCCCCCCCCCCCCCCCCCCCCCUUCACAUAAAGCUGUGUCUGUUCUUUGUGACUUAUUAGCAGAAAAAAAAAAUACAUCCCCUCAUCCCCCCCCCCCCCCCCCCCGAUGCUUUUUAUGGAUAAUUUAUGACAGUGUGUGAGUGAUCGGGGAGACUUUGCCAGACUCCUGGUAGGAGCAAAUAGCUCGCUUUUGUUUUACAAUCAUGAGUUAUGAGUGCCCUUCUUGUAAAUUGGAACUAAGAUAAACUGAAGAGACGCUCUUCACUGAUAGAGGUUUCUCUUUUGUCCCUGGUGCUUUUUUCACGUCCCACUGAGUCUAGUGAAAGUACUCUAACACCAGCCCCACGCUUUUUCUUCUUAAUACGAGUAGACUAGAAUCUCUGAUUCCCUUUUGUAGGUCAGCAUCACGAGGAGAGUGGUAACCUUGACUACAAACUUCAGCUGGAGAUCUGGAAAGGGAAUUUAGGUGGAGCGCUGGAGAUGGCUACUAACAGCAAACAGCUCAAUGACUGGCUUGUGGCUCUCAGUCCUCUAGGUAACACGGUAUUCCUUUCUUACAUAAUUUUCGUCCACACAAAGCACAAUCUUACCAUUUCAAUUUCUGCUCAACAACAAGAACAGCAACAACAACCUUUAUUCCGUAUUCCAAAAACUAUUUUGAGCAAUGUGUACAAGCUUCCGGCGCAAUGAUUUCUGGCAUGGUUUGGGUGGACAAGCGUGGCUUAUGAUUGGUUAAUGAUUGCCAUGAAUACCAUCGACCAAUCAGAACUAACGAUUGUGCACCCAAACGAUCCCAGUAAUCACUGCGCCCAAAACUUGUACCCAUUCUCCCUAGAGAAUUAUAACAGCACUAGGACAACUUCAAUCCAACUAAUGCAUAUUUUAAUGUUACUAAUUACCACAGGGCUAAAAGACCAACAAAGCUCCGUUUAAAUAUAUUCAACCUGCGCGUACUGAGAACUGAUUGAGCCAAAGCAAAUGCGUUACAAUAAAACGAUUAUUAGAUAACAAUGUAACAUUCCUAAAGCUUUUCUGUAGAGUUAUACCGUGAGUGCCAGAGACUUUUCUAGCGCGGUUUCCGGUUUCUGUCGGCCUUCAUUCGGCCAACACCGAAAAUUCCCGCCGCACGCGAGAAAAACCUCUGAUACCCAGGGUAGUAGAGUUAUAUAUUGAAGGUAAACGGACACCUUUAGGACCCAGUUGCACUAAGUGUUCGUCUCAGACAGAUGUUCGUCUUAUAGAGAGUCAAAUAAAAGGAGUAAAGAAAGGCAGUGACCAGCUCGAGGUGUCCGUUUUACGAAAGUGUCCGUCUUAUAGAGGUGUCCGUUCAGAGAGAGUGGACAGUAUGCGCUUAAAUGUCAGUUAAAAACUGCCUCGCAGAUGGAGGUUGGAUACCCGAGUCAUCCAGCAUAAUUCAGCAUUACUGGCAGGUAAAUGGCCCACCGUUCUUCCCGAAAGUCCCGGAAAGUUUUGGUAAAUGGGAAACAACCUCUCCUACAAAAUUAUUAUUGUUAAGAAACCGUUUAAAACAAUCCACCCAUCUACCCAUCUAAGUGUUUUUUGAAACCAGACGAAUUGUAAAUAGUGUUUUGACGGAAUAGUUUUUUAAGUGAAUUAAUUGUGAAUAGGAUUUUAAUAGCUAGUAUUAUUAUCACUGAAAUAUAUUCGAUUAUUAAAAAUUAUCUACCCAUCUUGAUGACAGCUUCAGUAUCAUGAGUAGAUUGAGUGUAAAAGCAAGUAAUAAUUGUGCAAUAUAUCGCAGCACUGGUGAACUCCAUUGGCGAGUAAGGAAACCUAACAGAAAGGUUAAAAUUCCUUAAGGUGGCUGAACACAGUUUGGCAGUUUGUGAGUAUAUGUCAUUUGCUAAAUUAUGGCAAGAGAAAGGUUGCAGCUUACAAGCUGAAACUUGGCAAGUAAAAAAUAUACUAAUGAAAGAUUUUGACUGACAGGUCAAAUGUGACGUUUUCGUAGUUUCCACGGCAACAUGAACGAUUGAAUACGACCUUAAAAUUUCACUUUUGCUCAGUUUACAUAAUAUUCGCUCAUUAGAUUUUCCUAUAAACUUGCACACAGCUUACUAUGAUUAAUCAUUACCACGUGAAAUUUGUUUGACCAAAUUUUAACAGACGGGUUUUUAGAUAAUCAAUAAUAUGAUUUUACUGUAAUUAUUAAAUGUGUCACAAAAUUCGUCUGUUCAACUUCCAUUUCAAAGUUCUUAUUAUUGAAAGUACGAUAAAAGUAGAAAUUCUGCCAAAUAUCACAAAAUUUUAAUGAGUAGAUUUUGAGAAAUUGUCUUCUGUGUACCAUUGCUUUUUUCGCCGCUAUUUGUUUGUCUAAUUUAAAACACACGCCGUUACGCGAGUUACCGCUGACCGCCUGCAAAACUGUGUUCAGCCACCUUAAAAGAACUGUUCUUGAGUCAAAUUAGAACGGUAAAUGCUUCAAGUCCAACGCAGUUUUGGAACUGAAGUGAUAAUAUUCAAUUCUCAACAGAAAAAAUAAAUUCGGAAAACUGGCCAGAAUAAGUGGUAGUAUAUAUAGAGCUGUCUUUUAAGCCAUAAAAUCUAAAGGUGACACCCGACCUGUUUAUAAUUUUUAGCCCUUCAGUCCUGUAUCCAGAUGGAGGCCCGGAUAUUAACGCUUCAAUGUGAUAUGUAGUGUUCCUCUUCAUGUAAGCUCCAGAGUCAAACGAUACUUGAAAUCCAUAAUAAUUAGAAGAACAUCCAUAAGGCAAAAGCUCUGAGAAGUAUGUUCCUGAUUUGGACACUAUAAUUGUGUUGUUACUAGCAUUCUUUACCUCCAAUGUCACUGUGUAGCUGGUUUUGUGUCUGCCAAUCAAGCAGACUCCAUGAAAUGUAAUACUCUGGUCCGCACUAAAAGCAAGCGAGUGUUUGUCCCCUUCAUAGGGAAUUCCCUCAUAUGAAGCACACGGCUUUUUCAAAGAAGAAAAUCUACCGAAGCGAUCAUGAUUGACAAGAGACCGUCUUUGAGUCUUCGAGAACCCGACAGGAGAGGUCUGUAUUGUAAAAAACUUAAACAAGCCAGUUGUUUCAUCUGGAGUAAGAAUGUUAGUGUCAACGACAACAGAAGCAAACUCCUUUACUGACAUAACCGGGAAGCGUAUUGCUUUAAUUAUUUGUUCUCCCAGAAUUCUUCUUUUCUUUGGACCAUCUUCUGUCAAACCUUGCUUUUGACAUUGCUUUCCUGCCCAACGAUCUACAGCUUGAAACAAUACUACUUCUUGACUAUUCAGAGAGUCUCGAGUGACUACUGCUUCAAGUAAGGACUUGUCAAUUGUCUCAAAUCCGUUCGAUUCCACAGCCUCGUCUGUCUUCUGAUCAAUUAAUUUCCAGCAUCGAUCUACGGUGACCCCUUCAUGAUACACCUGUGCAAAUGACAGGAUAUCGAAAACAUUCGACGGAUCUAUCUUUUCUUUCAGAUAUUCCGUGCAUUUAUCAGCUAGUGAAGGCACAAUGUAUUUCUUGGCCAAAUAUAACACUCCCAUUACAUUACUUCCGCUUAAAUUCACUUUAUCGCUGUACAUGUAACGAAACAACUCCAACAGACUCUCGUAAUCACAAUCAGGCAGUUCAAUAGUGUCUUUAGUCUCCGCCAGUUCACCGUAAAACAUGGCUUCAAACACAGGACUGCUAAUCGCCAGUAUGAAUUUGUGUGCUGCAAUCACUUGGGCACUUUCGCUUUCGCCAUUACUGUUUGCGGCAACAAACUUGACAUCGCUCAAGCGAUCGUUGUUGAGCAAAAACUUGGUUCUUUCUCUAAUAGUCGGUCUUGUUGUCUGCCAGUCUGCUUUGAGGGACAUAUUCGUCUUGUAGUAAGGCCGUUUUAAAACGUCAAAGUCUUUCUCUGUUUUUGUUUCUGAAACCCGCAACGAAAGACAGCAUGCAGAGCAGCAGAGCAGUUAAUUCAGUUGUUCCAGAAUAGGUAGCGCACGCGCAGACAGAAUGCCCCUUCGUUAGCAUUUAGCCGCUUGUGUGCUAUGCAUAUCAAAUAACCAAACCUAAGAAGUCACGCGAUCUUUUGUGGAAUAUCACGCGAUGUCUUUAAAGAGGUCACAGCACACGCAGCGAAGUUUGCACUAAACAUAUGAAAUCUCGUACUUGGAUGCGGCGCUUGGGGGAAUAAAUCAAAAGAAAUCACCUUGAGGUUCAGAGAUUAAUAAUACAUUUAUCUUGUUUUAUUCCCACAGUCUUUGCAGUUGGUCUAUUACUGAAUGCCAAAUGAAUCUUUAUCAGUCUUCUCUUUACAAAUGCAGUGUUAUAAGUGUUAUAUAUCAUGCACAAUCUAUUGUCAAGAAUUGUAAUCAUCAAUCCAAUCUUUUAACCAUUGUAGCACGCUAUUUGAGGCACCGACGUCUUGCAAAUUUCAUUUUUGAUUGACGUUUUGCACCACUUUAGGUCUGACCUACGUUGAAACACAAAAGAAACUCUUUUUAUUGGUGAUCUUCAGCCAUCCUUUUAAUGAAUACGUUAGCAGCGAAAACUUGUAUCUUUACUUAUUAGUUUUACACGUGUGUGUUUUACAUGCCAGUGCAUGCACAGUGUCAUAGUUUCUUUUUGUUUUACCGUUGUCUUUAUUUAGGUGUAGUAUUGUAUUAACUCCUUUGUUUUUGUCAAUAUUAUCUCAUUAGCUACUGAAAUUACUGUUAUUAUAUAUUUCAAAAUUUUAAACUUACAGUUACUUCUGAAGAUGUAUGUGGAGACAUACAAAACGUUAAGUCAGUGAAUGAAAUUCUAUUUUAGCUAUGCGCUCGUUUAGCUUCAUGUUUGUCACCGCAAUUUGCGUUUUAUUUCUAGUCAAGCUUCGUUACCCUAAGAAGAGAGGCAUUUAUGAUUUCAAUACAAAGUUUCCAUAGAAAACAUUAGAUAUUAGGCGUUUUCGUCUCUGUCCCAUUACGGCUCUUAUUUUUUUCCUUUUUCAUUUUGCUAGCCGGGCGUGACGUAUGGAUGAGUAUCACUCGAGCAUACGCUGACCAGCUAGCAUCGCAGGGAUCUCAUCAUCGUGCGGUACUGUAUUACCUGGCCUGUCAUGACACGUACAAGGCUAUAGAGGUGUUCAAAACUCAGGCUAUGUACAGGUACGGCUGUUUUAGAAGAGGUAUUUGAUACAGAAUUUAGCACAGACUACAGUAUAAGAUAAUUACACGAGGAGAAAAGUUCAGCAUAGGAAACAUUUGGGUUUGCUUUCAAGGCUUUUUUAUCACAAGGUUAUGAGUGUUGUGAAGGAGGUGUAGGCACCGGUACCCCAAGCUCAAGAGCGAGUUGCUUAACAGAAAUAUAUAUGAGUUUGUAUGGAAAAUUUAUCGAUCGUUAUUUAGAGCAUUGAAAAAGAAAUAAAUAUACAUCAAAACUUCCUACCUUGUCUUCUUGCCUUGUUUGUGGUAUGUUCUUAGCAUUUCUGGCCGUUUCAGCGCGGUUUUAGCGAGUUUUAGUUCUACCGUUGUUGUAAAGCUAUAACUCGCUAAAAUCGCGCUGAAACGGCCAGAAAUGCUAAAACAUACCACAAACAAGACAAGGGGACCAGUCUGCUAUCUUCAUAACGUCAUCAAGUGUAACAUUUACGCCCCUAACAAUUCAGUCUUUAAGAAAAUUAAACAAAUUGAGACAAUUGUCUUUCUGUUGUAUUUCAGAGAGGCCAUCGCAUUGGCCAAAGUUCGACUGUCCCCCCUAGACCCAGUCCUCUUCGAUCUUUACAGUACCUGGGCUAGGAAGUUGGAGACUGAUAGUUCCUUUGAACAAGCCGCUAAAUGGUAA